AUGGUGGAAUACAGACAUAAUAUUAUUAGUUUUAUUCUAUGUUUAUGUUUAUCAUGGAUAUAUGCACAAAAUAAUACAACAUUGGAAUUAGGUGCUAUUGCAAAACCACACCCAAAAGUAUGUGCUGAUAUUCGUAUGACCAUAUUUGAAGUUCGUCGUGGUCUUGAUUUACAAGCAUUAGCAUCAUGUGAAAUAAUUCUUGGCUCAAUUAUUUAUGCUCCUAUGCCGUUAGCCAUGAAUAAUACAACAUCAGCAACGGCAUUACCGGCAACAACAGCGCCAGUUCGUUUUCCAUAUCUUCGUGAAGUUUAUGGAUAUAUUUUGUUAGGUUAUUCAACAGUAAAUUCAUUUUCAUCCAUGUUUCCACGUUUAUCUAUCAUUCAUGGUAGAGAAUUAUAUCAUGGUUAUGCAUUGAUUGUUAUGGAAAAUUUUAAAUUAGAUGAGUUAGGUUUAACAUCAUUGAUAAAUAUACGUCGAGGAAAUAUAAUUAUUGCACGAAAUCCACAUUUAUGCUAUGCAAAUUCUAUACGUUGGAAUGAUAUUAUUGAAAAUAAAAAAGCACAAGUUAUAUUAAGACAAAAUCGUGAUGAUUGUGCAUUUUGUCCAACAUGUCCAUUCGCAUGUUGGUCACCAACACAAUGUCAAUAUCAAUGUCCAGCACAUUGUAAAGGAAAUUGUUUAUCAGAAACAAUAUGUUGUCCAGAUCAAUGUGUUGGCGGUUGUUAUUAUCAAAAUGUAACUGCACCAACAAAUUUAGUUUGUAAUGCUUGUAGAAAUAUGAGAAUCUAUGCAACAGGAAAAUGUGUACAACAAUGUCCAGCACAAAUGCUUAAGGUUAUUGAUUCUCUAUGUGUAACACGUCAAGAAUGUGCAUCAUUUUUUAUGGGCGAAGGUUUUAUAUUAGAUGUAACAAAUGAAUGUGUAUCAGCAUGUCCACUUGGUUUUGUUAAAGAUUCACAAUCAAGUUCACGUUGUUUACGUUGUACAUCAACACCAGAAAAUGAUUAUUGUCAAGGUGCAUGUCGUGAACAACAUAUUCGUUCAAUAGUUGAUUUUAAUCUAUUAAGAUAUUGUUCACGUGUUCAUACAUUAAACAUAUAUAAUAUUGCUGCUGUUGAAUCAACAGAAAAUAAUUUAUUAGAAGCUUUUACUGCAUUUGGAUCACUUGAACAAGUUGAUCAUGAAUUUACAAUUCAUAAUGUAAAUAUAUUUUCAACAUUAAAAAUAUUUUCGAAACUUAAACGUAUUGGUAUAACAACAAAUGCUACAAUAACAAUUGAAGAAAAUGAUUUUCUUGCUGAAUUAUGGCCAUCAUCACAUCCACCACCAAUUAUUCAAGGAAGUUUAAAUAUUGUUCGAAAUGCUCGUCUUUGUUUAACACGUAUUAAAUCAUUUAUUAAUCAUACAACUUUAGUUGAAAAAGAUUUACAAAUAACACCAAAUACAUUUAAUGAAUAUGCUAAUGGAUAUUUAGCAUCAUGUGAAUCGAAUUUAUUAACAUUAACUGUUGAUAAAAUUCAUUCAUUAACAGCAAGAGUUAAUGUUGCUGUACCGAAAGAAUUAUAUUUUCGUUCAGGUGGAAAAGCAACUUAUUUACGUCGACCAUUUUUAUCUGUUUAUUAUAAAGCAACAAAAACAAGAAAUGAAACACAUUUUGAUUCAACACAAUCACAUAAAUGGUUAAGAGUUGUUGAAAAAGCUAAUUAUAAUCCAUCACCAGCAGGUAGUUCAUUUACAAUGAAUGUUGAAUUAGCAUCACUUCUUGGUGAUACAUGGUAUGCUGUUUAUGCAUCUAUAACUUCAAAUAUUAAUACUGUUGGUUUAUAUUCUACAAUUACAUAUUUUCGUACAUUACCUCGACAACCUGAACCCGUUCUUAAUUUACGUGGAGAAGCUUUAUCACGCUUUUCAAUUGAAUUAAUGUGGAAACCACCAAAGAAACCUAAUGGUGAAAUAGCAACUUAUCUUAUUUAUUAUGCACCUGUCGAAGAUCGAUUACCAGUUAAUAAUCCAAAAAUACUUUGUUUAAUGAAAGAUCGUUGGUAUUCCGAAGCACCUGUUUCAAGUCCUCCAUUAAAUCUGUCAACAUCUUCUCGAUGUAUUCAACAAAAAUCAAAAUUAAAUGAUAUAAUAAAUAAUAAUGAUGAUGAUUUUAUGGAAGAACAUGAAGAAAAUACUGGCGUUGAUCAAGUUGUUACUGAUUUAGCUAUACUUGAACAUCAACUUAUAAAUUCUGUAACACAACGUAAAGAACCAUUAUUUAUACGUCAAGAAUUAAAAGAUACAAUCAUCAAUGAUUUAGAUCAUUAUUUUGAAGAUAAAAGUAGUGCUUUUAAUGAUCAAUCUAAAGGUGAUGUAGUAACUGAAGAAAAAAUUGUUGAACAUACUCCAUAUAUAAAUACAUAUAAUCUAACAUCAUCAACUACAAAAAUUGUUAUUGACAAUUUAAAACAUGCUCAAAUGUAUAUGUUUCAAGUAUUUGCAUGUCAUGAUAUAACUACACAAAGUAAAUCAGAUUCUUGUAGUCUUAAUGGAAUUAUAAUAAGUGUACGGACAAAACCUGGUGAUUCAUCACUUGAUUUAGUACGUAAUGUUAAAGUAGUUCCACCCACUGAAAGUUCUUUGCAAUUAGCAGCUGAUGCAAAAAGUUUAAAUUAUCAUAUAUCAUGGCUUAAACCAUUAACACCAAAUGGACUUAUUUAUUUUUAUACGGUAAAUAUUGAUCAAUACAGUCAAAAUGGACCAAAAGAUGAACGAUGUGUUGGAUAUAAUGUAUAUUCAAUAAAUGUAUCAUUAUCACCACGAACAAAUUAUCGUUUAAGAAUAAUUACAUAUACUGUAGCUAGAGUUAAUAAUGAAUAUGAAGAUCAUAAACAAUUAAAUGAUGAAUCAUUUUUAUUAAAUACAACAAAUUUAUAUUAUCAAGUACUUUUUACAACUAUUGAUUUACCUAAUCGUGAAAUAACUCGACAAAAUCGAGUAGCAUUAUUUCUAUUGAUAAUUGGCUCAAUUAUUCUUCUGUUAAGUAUUAUACUUGGUGCACCAUUUUAUUAUUAUAAAUAUAGUCGAGGCGAUACAAAAGCUUCGAUUUCAAAAAAUCCAAAUUAUGAAUUAUAUACACCGGAUCAAUGGGAAAUUGAUAAAGAUUCAGUAACGUUAGAUAAGCUUAUUGGUCAAGGACAUUUUGGUCAAGUUUAUAAAGGUGUUUUAAAAUUAUCUGAUGGUACAUUAAAACCAUGUGCUGUGAAACUUCGAACAACACAUCCAACAGAUCUAUUACAAGAAGCAUCAAUAAUGAAACAAUUUCAAUGUUAUCAUGUCAUUCAAUUGUAUGGUAUAUGUUCACGUAUUCGACCACCAUAUGUUGUUAUGGAAUUAAUGGAAAAUGGAGAUUUAAAAAAUUAUCUUUAUCGCUAUCGACAAAGUGAAUUAAAUCCACAUGGUCCAACAUUAACGGAAGGAGCAAUGAUUCAAUUAGCAUUGGAUAUUGCUGAUGGAAUGUAUUAUUUAUCUGAUCAAAAAUUUGUUCAUAGAGAUUUAGCAGCAAGAAAUUGUCUUGUUAAUGGCAAUCAUACAUGUAAAGUUGGAGAUUUUGGCUUAACACGUGAUAUUUAUGAAACAGAUUAUUAUCGACGUGGUGGUCGAAGUUUUCUUCCUAUACGAUGGAUGGCACCAGAAAGUUUACGGGAUGGACGUUUUGAUACUGUAUCUGAUAUUUGGUCAUUUGGUGUUCUUCUUUGGGAAAUAGCAACAUUAGCUGAACAACCCUAUCAAGGAUAUGGUAAUGAAGAAGUUGUACAUUAUGUUCGAUAUGGAAAUAUUACACUUGAACGCCCUUCAAAUUGUCCUGAAAUUUUACAUAAAUUAAUGCGUGCUUGUUGGACAUUUUCACCCGGUGAUCGUAUAUCGUUCCGAUCUAUUGUUGAUGAAUUAAUUCCGUAUGAAAGCGACGAUUUUCAUUUACAUGCUUAUUAUCAUACACAACCAAAUGAAACUCAGCAAACAAGUUUACUUGAUAGUAGUAAUAAUGAUGAAGAAGAACUUUUAUUAGUCGAUGAAACUGAUGAUGACAUUGAUAAUUUACAUCAUAUAUAA